AUGGGUGACGAGUCCGAAUACUUUGAUGACUUUAAUCAACCUUUUGGAAGCAAGGCACAAAAUGAAAUAGAAGGUUGCAUGCCUAUUGCAGCGACCCAGAUUAGUAACCUGACAUCUGAGCCUUUUCCAAAUCUUCCCACCGCCUCUGGAAACCAAAAGGAAACCCAGAAAGACGAACAAACAUUCAUUCAACAGUCUUCGUAUAACGUAAAUAACAUUCCUUCAUCAGUUGAUCCAUUGUUUAACUUCGGCGAAGCAAUCGGAGAUAGCCAUUCAAGUGGUGUUGCGAGCUCUUCAACUUCACUAUCUCUUCCCUUUUCUCAAACGCCAGUCAUACCUAUAACUCAAAGCGACGAUAAAGAUGAGAUUAUUUAUUUUGUUGGCCUGCAAGUGGACUUGGUCGAUCAACCGAAUGCUAUUUCAGAAAAGAUGAAGAACGGAACAUACGUUGUCGACUACUCAUUACUGAAUAUGCCGGCAUACAUUCCUCCAUCUGUCGAAAACAUUGGAGAUCCAAACGUUGAUUAUUUUUAUGAUGUUUCAAGUUCCAUGCCAUUUUCCGCUUCUUCGGAGAUUUUUGAUUUGAUCGGUGGUAGCACAGACGCCGAAACCGUCAAACGAUCAUGGAACCGCAUGUUGUUGGAGCAUUCAGUUGAUUUUGUUCACGUUCUCUCCUUAAAAGGCCUGUUUCUUUAUUGCUCGGUCAGUUGUAGAAGAAUAUUAGAGUAUGAUCCAGAUGAACUUGUAGGGAGAAAUUUGUCAACAUUUUGUCAUCCAAGCGAUAUCGUCUAUGUCAUGCGAGAAUUGAAGGAAUCUUCAAGCGGUGCGGAGGAUGUGACUCUCGCGUAUCGCAUAAGACGCAAGAAUUCAGGUUAUAUGUGGAUUGAAGCACAUGGAAAAUUGCAUUCAGAAAAAGGGAAGGGACGAAAAUGUGUCAUUCUUUCGGCACGCGAACGACCAGUAUAUAAACUUCAACAGAAAUAUUUGCAAAUUUCUGAUGACACUCACAAGUAUGAAUUCUGGUCGAAAUUAUCAGCCGACGGUCUUUUUCUUUACGUCUCUUCAGUUUGUCAAAAUUUAUUAGGAUUGUCUGCGGAAGAAUUAGUCGGAGUUUCAUUGUAUAAUCAUGUUAAACCUGAGCACGCAACCGAUAUCUCAAGAGCAUUAGUCCAAGCAAAUAAUGGGAUACCUAACAGUCUUAACCGCCAGAUUCAAAAAAAGAAUGGACAAUACAUAGAAGUCCUCUUAACAUUUUAUCCUGGUGAUUCCGGUCAAACAAACAACAAACCUUCAUUUAUAAUCUGCCAGAUAAAAGAGGCAAUACCGGAACUUGGCAAACGUCAGUCUUUAUUAUCUUCCCAGCCUUUUUUGACGUCUGCGAGUUCGUCUGAUUCAGUCGAGACUGGUGAACGAGCCAACGAAAACAUUUUUGAAGAAUUGAGCACAACUAAAGGUACCAGUUGGCAAUACGAAUUACAUCAAAUGAGAUCGGCGAACAAAAAACUACGCGCAGAAUUGGAAGCCGUCAAAAAUUCAAAGAAGAAAAGGAAGAAGCGCAUUGUAUCGUCUUCAAACAAG